AUGAAGGCUGGUUGCAAGAAUUAUCCAAGUCCGAGGAACGGCAUUGCCAAUACUACACUUCUAAGGGCGGAGGUCGAAUGCGAUGAAGGAUACGUUCUUUCCGGAAACAAGGUCACAUACUGCAAUGGAGAGGAGUGGAUCACUGAAUUGGGAACAUGUAUGAUGAGCAAUAAUACAGUGGAUUACUCCUGUGACUUUGAGAGAGAGGAUUUGUGCGGCUGGGAGGCGCAUAACAAUGAGAAAAAAGUAUGGAAAAGGAUCAGCGCUGCUACUAAUUUCCACUCCAAUGGAACGGGUCCACAGCGGGAUCACACCUUUCAGAGUGACACAGAAGGACAUUUUAUCCUCAUGGAAACGGACCCUUGGUUAUCCGCAGACAAACACUUCUUAUCCCCAAUCUAUCCCAAGGACCUUACUUUGGGAAACUCCCUGUGCUUUCAGUUUCACAUAUUCAUGUUUGGAACAGGAGUAAAGAACUUGACAGUAUCUGUAAAAACCGAAUCAAUGACAUUUAGUAACAUGUCCUCCAAAUUCAAUCUGUCUGGCGAUCAUGGCGCCAAGUGGCAUACAUUUUCUAUUCCUAUUGACAAGAUGGAUCAGAGCUUUCAAGUCGUUUUCACCGUCACGGACCCUAAUAAUCCGUAUGGGGACAUUGGUAUCGACGAUGUCAAAUUGAUGGAAGGAGGGUGUAGACACAACUCAGAUCAAGAAGUCAUUGAGUCCUCUAAACCACCGACGACAACUACCGAAUAUUUUCAACCACCUACGAUGACUACCGGAACCACCAAAUAUUUUAAACCACCGACGACCCUAACUACUGAAUUAUCUAAGCAAUCGACAACUACUUUGUGGACGGUAGUACUCUUAGUGAGGGAGCGCAAAAGGAGAGAGUGCAAGAGCGACUAUAUUUAG